AUGAAGUACGGCCUAGAAGCGUUCAUCAGAGAUAGCUACGAUUCAAGGUUACAAGUUAUCAGGGAAGAACAGCAACCUAUUUAUUAUGUAAGUAGGACACUUAAAGGCGCAGAGCUCAACUACCCAACCAUCGACAAGUUGGCAUUAGCAGUAGUGGUUACGACAAAGAAGCUCAAACCGUACUUCCAAGGGCACACAGUCGUCGUCCGGACAAACCAACCUUUACGCAAAGCUCUCCAUCGUCCAGAAACAUCAGGAAGACUGGUAAGCUGGUCGGUACAGUUGGGAGAGCACGAUAUAAGGUACGAGCCAAGAAAGACGCUGAAGGCACAAGCAUUGGCGGAUUUCGUCGCGGAAAUGACUGAGAAGCCACCUGACGCAGUCUCAGAGGACAUAACCUGGAACCUGUUCGUAGACGGAGCCUCCAGUGAACAGGGGGCGGGAGCAGGAAUAGUGUUACUCGGACCUCAUAAGAUAGUUGUUGAGCAUGCAGUGCAUUUGAAGUUUCGAGCUACUAACAAUGUGGCAGAAUAUGAGGCCUUUCUAACAGGACUUACACUGGCAAAAGAAGUAAAAGCAGAAAAGCUGAGGAUCCACAGUGACUCCCAGCUGGUCACAAGUCAGAUCUUGGGCCAAUUCCAGACGAAAGAUGCAAAUAUGGCGAAAUACAUGGAAAAAGCGAAGGGGAUGCUAAAGGAAAUAGAAAGGCAUGGCGGGCAAUGGGAGAUAAUCCCAAUACCCAGAGAAGGAAACACACGGGCAGAUGCCCUGGCAAAGGCAGCUGCGGCAAAAAACCCCCUGUACCUCUCACUCUACAUGAAAGAGGAGAGGACGAAUCCCAUAAUAGACGAGGAAGAAAUUUUACCAAUCACAGAGAUGGAUUCUUGGAUGCAACCCAUAGUUGCAUACUUGAACGACGGAACAGUCCCAGAAGGGAGAGCAGAAGCAGCCAAACUAGUACGAAUAUCGGCCGCCUACUCCAUGAUAGAAGGUACCUUGUACCGGACCUCAGUCACGCACCCAUGGUCCAAAUGCAUUUCAGUGGAGGAGGGAGCAUAUGUGCUGAAGGAAAUCCAUGAAGGAGAUUGUGGAGCGCAUGAGGGAGCAGCCUCUCUAAGCAGGAAAGCAUUACUCACGGGAUACUAUUGGCCAACCAUGAAGAAAGACGCAGAAACAAUGGUGAAAAAAUGCGACAAGUGCCAAAGAUUUGGCACUAUCAUAAGAACUCCAGCAGCCCACCAAUCAGCAAUUGGAAGUCCAUGGCCCUUCAUGACUUGGGGAGUGGACAUACUGGGACCAUUCACCCCAGCCAGGGGACAAGUCAAGUUUAUUGUAGUAGCGGUGGACCAUUUCACCAAGUGGAUGGAAGUACAACCAAUGAGCACCAUAACGUCACAGAAGAUCAUCAAUUGGCUGUCAAACGAAGUCAUGAGCAGGUUUGGGACACCACACACCCUAGUCACAGACAACGGGAAACAGUUCGAUUGCGCAAAGUUCAGGGAAUACUGCGCCGAGCUAGGGAUCAACUUGAAAUUCACUUCAGUAGCACACCCGCAAACCAACGGACUCACAGAAGUAACUAACCGCACUAUCCUGUCUGGAAUCAAGAAGAGACUCGGAGACUUGAAAGGGAGAUGGGUAGACGAACUAUACCAUGUCAUAUGGGCGUAUAGAACAACUCCCAGAAGGGCCACAGGGGAAACACCUUUCCGACUCACUUACGGAACAGAGGCUGUCCUCCCCGUAGAAAUGGGAAUGCCCACACUAAGGGUACAGGUCAUAGACGAAGAGCGCAAUGAAGAAACAUUGAAGCUGUGCCUGGAUCUACUGGAAGAGAGAAGGCACCAAGCAGCCAUACGCGCAGAAGCUUAUCGCAGACAAAUGACUAGGUAUCACAAUGCCAGAGUCAAAGAACGAAGUCUGUCAGAAGGAGACUUAGUCCUUCGAAAAGCAGAAAUAGGGAAAGGAGCGGCCGGAGUAGGAAAACUCGAGCCCAACUGGGACGGUCCUUACCGAGUCACGGAAGUCGUAGGAAAAGGAGCAUAUAGAAUAGCUCAAUUAGAAGGCACACCAUUGCCUAGAACAUGGAAUAUCGAGAAUUUGAAGAAAUAUUUCCAGUGA